AGUUGAAUAAACACACACAUCCAAACAGACCCCUGCGCACGUUGCCGUCUCUAUGCCCUAUAAUCCACUAGUCUUUUUCUAGAAAGCACUGACUCAAUUUUUGGAUCUGAUUUUCAUGACAAAGCAAAUGUCCUCUUUACAGAGAGAUGUCUGGGUAUAAAAGACCUGGAGUGGGACGGGCCUGAACCAGCACAGCUCCGCACCUCUACCCCCUCCACAGGCGCCGCUGCCAGCCGAACCUCUGCAGAAUGGGCCGGGUGAGUACGAAGAUAAUCUUCUACGAGGACAAGAACUUCCAGGGCCGUCGGUACGAGUGCGACAGCAACUGUUCGGACUUCCAUGUCUACCUGAACCGGUGUAACUCCAUCCGUGUGGAGAGCGGGGCUUGGGUGGUCUUCGAGAGGCCCAACUUCAUUGGCUACCAGUAUGUUCUGACCCGGGGCGAGUAUCCAGAUUACCAACGCUGGAUGGGUCUGAACGACCGCCUCUGCUCCUGCAAGAUGAUCCACUUUGAAAGCGGUUCUGAGUAUAAGAUCCAACUCUAUGACAAGGGAGAUUUCGCCGGCCAAGUACACGAGACCGCCGAGGACUGUCCAUCCGUGGUGGACCUCUUCCGUACACGCGAGGUUCACUCCUGUAAGGUGCUGGAUGGGAUCUGGAUCUUCUACGAGCACCCAAACUACAGGGGGCGCCAGUACCUACUUGAGAAGGGGGAAUAUCGUAAGCCCGUGGACUGGGGCGCCGUCUGCCCCACGGUUCAGUCCUUCAAACGCCUGACGGAGUGACGUCUGACCUUUAAAUCCAUCCAUCUUGCAGUCCUCCUUUACAACCACAACAGCCUCAACACACCUGUGCUAAAUUAAUAAAUGUGUGGUUGCAAAUGAAA